CUCUCUCUCUCUGGUUCGCUUCCUUCCCUUCCCUUCCCUUCCCUUCCCAUUCGCGUGCCCUCUUUUUGCGCCCACUGUCAGAUCCCUUCUGCUGUCAUUUCACUAUAAAUACAGCUGUUCUUUGGGCUACACUUCAAUUUACUUUUCUCUCUCUAGCUCUGUCUUUUCUUUUCUAUCACAGCCUCACAGCAGGAGAUGCGUCGAAGAAGGCCAUCGGUUUUUAGUCGUAGUUGAGGAUGAGCAUCUUAUACUAUUCCUAAUUGAUGACCAUCAUCCAGAUACGCUAUGAAGAGUUUGAGGCAAUGGCCUGUGUGUUUUGCUCAUGGAAAUGAAAGAGAGGCAGCGUUGGAGAGCUGAAGAGGACACUUUGUUACGUGCAUAUGUGAAACAGUAUGGUCCGAAAGAGUGGAACCUUGUUUCACAGCGCAUGAACACUCCCCUAAACAGGGAUGCUAAAUCGUGCUUAGAAAGGUGGAAGAAUUACCUCAAACCUGGCAUCAAGAAAGGAUCACUUACUGAGGAAGAGCAGCGUCUCGUAAUCUGUCUUCAAGCCAAGCACGGCAACAAGUGGAAAAAGAUUGCAGCUGAAGUCCCGGGACGUACUGCAAAGAGAUUAGGCAAGUGGUGGGAAGUGUUCAAAGAAAAACAGCAGAGAGAGAAGAAGGAAAACAACAAGACAAUUGAGCCAAUUGAGGAGGGAAAGUACGACAGGAUUCUGGAGACUUUUGCUGAGAAGUUAGUGAAAGAGCGGCCUCCAUUACUUGUCAUGGCCACUUCCAAUGGUGGCUUUCUUCAUGCUGACCCAACUGCAGCUGCUCCCCCACCUGCACCAAAUCUACUUCCAUCAUGGCUUUCUAAUUCCAGUGGCACCUCUACUGUCAGGCCACACUCUCCUUCUGUAACCCUUAGCCUCUCACCCUCAACUAUUACACCCUCUCCUCCAAUCCCAUGGUUGCAGCCCGAGAGAGGAUCAGAAAAUACUCCUCUUGUUUUGGGAAGUUUGCCUCAAGGUGUGAUCCCUUCUUGUGGAGAGAACAUGGUCAUGUCUGAGCUAGUUGGGUGCUGCAGAGAUUUGGAAGAAGGACACCGUGCCUGGGCUGCUCAUAAGAAGGAAGCUGAUUGGAGGUUAAGAAGGGUAGAGUUGCAGCUGGAUUCAGAGAAGGCAUCCAGGAGGCGAGAGAAGAUGCAAGAGAUAGAAUCGAAGGUGAAGGCUCUUAUGGAAGAGCAGAAAGCUUCUCUGGAUAUGAUUGAGGCAGAAUACAGAGAACAAUUAGCUGCAUUGAGGAGGGAUGCAGAAGCCAAGGAGCAGAAAUUGUCUGAGCAAUGGGCUGCAAAGCUCAUGCGCCUUACCAAGUUUCUUGAACAGAUGGGAUGCAGAACCAGGGCAGCUGAACCAAACGGCCGUUGAGUUUACCUACAUUGUUACUGGCUCAUUUAUGUGAUAAUGAAAUCUGAAGCUCGGCUCGACCCUUUUUGUUUCUCGUCUGUCCAUGCUGUUCAAGAAUUCUAGUUAUAGCGGUCUGUUAUAUUUUCUUGUGGAAUAUUGCAUGAACUGUUGGAGCAUUAGCUGAACUUGUUCAACCUUCCUGAGAGUAGUUCAUUAGGAAUCGCAUCUAUAUUGCAGUUGUUGUUUUGGAUUGGGCUGCCAAAUAAAACUUUGCAGAUUUACCUACAA